UAUAUUUUUUGCUUUAAUAGUUUAAAAAAAGCAGAAAGGGAGGAGAGAUGCAAAAAAUAUGAAGAAUGGUGUGACACAGUGAGAUAGAUGCAAUGUGAGGAACAUAGAUAGACUGACAAGUGACAGACUGUGCAGGGGAAGACUGAAUGAGACACAGAAUUGGGAACAGGAGGGAUUGUAGAGAGGAGGGGGCUGCUGGAACAGGAGUAGGAGGGAGGGAUGAGGCAGCGGCUGUCCACUUCUGAUAACAUAAUCUGCAGCACAAGAUAGACCCUUGGACCUGGGUGUUAAGCUUUAGUGAUAUGGCACUGAGAGUACAGUGAGUGCGGCACUGAGCAUUCAGCUGGCACAGAGAGAAGUCUGACCAUGGGCAGUAUCAGUAAGGAGCAUAACAUGGGUACCGAUGGGCGCCAGCUACAUGACCAUCGCCUCAGCGUCACCGACACCAGUGGUAUCGAUUUACGCACGCUGAAGAGAGAUUACCACCACAGGAUUUUUGUCAAUCGCAGUCUGGGCUUGGAGAAAAUAAAAUGUUUUGGAUUUGAUAUGGAUUAUACAUUGGCAAUGUACCGCUCCCCAGACUAUGAAGAACUUGGCUUUGAGCUUCUGCUGGACAGAUUGGUUUCUAUUGGAUACCCCCAUGAAAUUCUUGAGUAUAAAUAUGACCCAAGCUUCCCAACAAGGGGUCUGGUGUUUGACAGUCUCUACGGAAACCUGCUGAAAGUUGACUCUAAUGGGAAUGUGCUGGUCUGCACUCAUGGCUUCCGCUUCUUAAGAGGGGUAGAGGUCUGGGUUAAAUACCCCAAUAAAUUCAUCCAGAGAGAUGACACCAAGAGGUAUUAUACCCUCAACACCCUAUUCAACUUGGCAGAGACCUAUCUUUACGCCUGUCUAGUGGAUUUCUUCAGUGACUGCCCACGAUUUGUGAACUACGACACCGGAUACCGCCAUGGCAAUCUGUUUAUGUCCUAUAAAAGUAUGUUUCAGGACGUGAGAGACGCGAUGGACUACGUGCAUGACUCGGGUGUUCUGAAGGAGAAGACACUAAAAGAUCUGAAUAAAUAUGUUGUCCAAGAUGAGAGAAUUCCUUUGCUGCUAAGUCGAUUACGUGAGGUGGGAAAAGUUUUUCUAGCCACAAACAGCGACUACAAAUACACCAAUGCCAUCAUGUCCUACCUAUUUAAUGAUGGAAUUGAAGACAAGUAUGACCCCAACAAGAAAACAUGGCGGUCUUACUUUGAUCUUAUUGUUGUGGACACAAGGAAACCACUCUUCUUUGCAGAAGGAACUGUUCUCCGUCAAGUCAACAUGGAUAAUGGAAAGCUAAGAAUUGGCACUUACACAGGCUCCCACCAGCACUGCGCGGUGUACUCAGGGGGCUCCUCUGAUAUUGUGUGUGACCUACUUGGGGUGAAAGGUAAAGACAUCCUGUACGUGGGGGACCACAUCUUUGGAGACAUCUUGAAAUCUAAAAAAAGACAGGGAUGGAGAACAUUUCUUGUGGUGCCUGAACUGGCCAAAGAACUCAACAUCUGGAGUGAGAAGAGUGAACUUUUCAAUGAGUUGAAGAAUCUGGACAUCUUUCUUGGCCAGUUGCAUGAACACAUUGACAGUGGCAGCAGUGAGCAACCAAAUAUCAGCUCCAUUCAGAAGCAGAUUCAGAAAAUCACCCAAGAGAUGGACUUGUGUUACGGGAAGAUGGGCAGCCUGUUCCGCAGUGGUUCUCGGCAGACACUAUUCUCCAGCCAGCUCAGUCGCUAUGCUGAUCUAUAUGCCGCCACCUUCCUAAACCUUUUGUACUAUCCGUUCAGCUAUGUGUUCAAUGCUCUUCCUGUGCUGAUGCCUCAUGAAUCCACAGUGGACCAUGUAAGUGUGGACGGAGCAGAUGCCAACAAGGUUCUUGGGCAACAUCUGAAAUACAUCAAAAGGGACCAUGUUGAAGACGAUUGGUUGCAGAUGGUAAACACCGCCAGGAUAAGCCUUCAAGACUCGCCGGUAUUAAAGCCCGAAACAGAGAGAAAUCCCCUAAGCGUCAUGCUGUAUUAGGGCUGAGGGAUGUGCACAUUAUGUGGGGUUAUACCAGAUACUCACACAGCACAUGACAAUCGGAAGGGGGGCAAAUACUCACACGUCGGGUUGUAAAAAAAAAACGACAGAGUGGCAAUUGUUACAAAAACGAAACUCAGUUUACAGAACACAGUUUUACGUCGUAUGAAGCCAGUUUACAUACAGAAAGGGUACAGGAGUGUUGGAUACAAGGAGCAGAAUUGUUUGUUACACUGAAUUCAUUGCAGAUACAUUGGUGUUUCCCAAAAAAUUGUCCUCCGAGAUCUUUAAUUUCAUGUGUGUGUAUAUAUAUAUAUAUAUAUAUAUAUAUAUACAUAUAUACAUAUACAGGGUGGG